AGCGCUAAAAUAAAAUAAAGUUAAAGGUUCUAAAAAAGUCCUAAAGUCGUUUACCGGGAGCCGCAACAACCCAUAACGUCAAGUGGCAAUAUUUGAAUGAUUUUAUUGGAAUUAUAGUAAGCCGUAUUUGGGUUAUGAGUAAUUUAAUCAUAGUAACCUAUGAAUUUGUGUAGUUAUAAGUUUUGGUAUGAAAUACAAUUCAUUCUGUUUCUAACCGUACACCAAGCUGGUUGACUUCACUACUUCCAAUAGGUUAUGGGCCCAGAACCCAGAAGCGUAGAGUGAUUGAAGCAGAAUCUUUUCGCCGUUAUUCCGAAGAAGUUUUAAGAUGAACCCGAACUCCACUGGAUCCUCAAGCGCUGCAGGUAGUAGCAUUUCAACAUCAAGUCUUCCUGGCAUAGAACGACUCAUCGGGAGAGAAAAUUGGGAAACAUGGAAGUUUGCCGUGCAAACGUUCCUGGAACUUGAAGAUCUCUGGUGUGCAGUAAAGCCAAAGAAAAACGACGAUGGAAGCUACGAAUCCGUCGAUACAGCAAAGGAUCGAAAGGCACGAGCGAAAAUCAUCUUACUUCUUGAACCAGUGAACUACGUUCAUGUGAAGGAAGCGACAACAGCGAAAGAAGUUUGGUCCAAACUAGAAAAGGCUUUCGAAGACUCUGGCCUCACAAGACGAGUCGGAUUGUUGCAUAAAUUAAUCAAGACAGAUCUAGAAUCAUGCGAUUCUAUGUCGGAUUAUGUUAAUCGUAUUGUAUCAACGGCGCAUCAACUGAAUGGAAUUGGUUUCCCGAUUUCAGAGGAGUGGGUCGGAAAUCUAUUACUGGCUGGAUUAACAGAACAGUAUCGCCCAAUGAUCAUGGCCCUUGAAAACUCCGGUAUUGUCAUCACUGGGGACAUCAUUAAAACGAAACUUUUACAAGAGGUUCCUCCCACAUCAGUUGAACCUGCGUUUGCGGCAAGGACGAAGCACGUUAAUGCUGGUAAGCAAACUAAAAAAUCGAAUACAGCUAAGGGACCGAAAUGUCGAAAAUGUUCGAAAUUUGGCCAUAUAGCGAAGGAUUGCUACAGCACGAAGGGAAACGAUUCGUUCUGUGUAGUGCUUUCUACGUGUGGAUCGAAGGAAUACGGAAAAUGGUAUUUCGAUUCCGGAGCAAGUGUCCACAUGACGAACAAUAGCGAUUUUUUGAUGCAUGCGAAAACAUCUAGUGGAACUGUGGUAGCAGCCAACGGGGAGAACAUGCAAAUCACCGCGAAGGGAUCCUGCGUUUUGAAGCCUUCGUGCCAAAAAGGUGAAAUUCCCGUUGAUGACGUGCAGCUAAUCCCGAAUCUAUCCGUGAACCUUUUAUCGGUAAAUCAAAUUGUGAAAAAAGGCUACUCCGUUACGUUCACCAAUGAAGGAUGCGAAGUGGUUAACCGAAACGGCGAUAUCAUUGCUACUGGUAGCCAUGACAACGAUCUGUUCAAGCUUGACGAACGUGAAGAAGGUGAGAAAACCGCGUUGACAGUUUCUUCAACAGGGAGCUUGGAACUAUGGCAUCAAAGGAUGGGCCAUCUUAACAUCAACGGUGUCCGAAGCCUUGCAAAUGGAAUAGUGACUGGCGUCAAUAUUGUUGGAGAUACCAUGGCCGAUUGCAAAGAAUGUCCAAUGGGCAAACAUAGCCGUCAUCCUUUUAGCAAGAUAGGAUCGCGGGCGGCUGAAAUACUCGAUUUGGUUCAUUCUGACAUUUGCGGGCCGAUGGAAGUCAAAUCUCUAGGAGGAAGCCGAUAUUAUAUUGUAUUUGUGGAUGACAAAUCACGCCGGAUGUGGACAUAUUUCUUGAAAUCCAAGUCGGAAGCUGAGGUAAACAAAAUUUUCCAGGAUUUUCACAAGAUGGUAGAACGGCAAUCUGGACGAAAAUUGAAGGUACUCAGAACAGACAAUGGAAAAGAAUAUGUCAACACAGGGUUCACAAACUACUUAAAGAAGCACGGCAUUGUUCAUCAAACAUCCAACGCAUAUACUCCGGAACAAAAUGGCAUGGCGGAACGAGCGAAUAGGUCGAUUGUGGAGCGUGCAAGGUGCAUGUUACACAUGGCGAAACUUUCGAAAAGUUUUUGGGCGGAAGCUGUGGCUGCUGCUGUGUACCUUCUGAAUCGUUCUCCAACCAAAGGCCAUAAUGUUACUCCGCAGGUAGUGUGGUCUGGUAAGAAACCUAACUUGUCCCAUAUUCGGAUCUUUGGUACUAGAGCGAUGAAAUUUAUUCCGAAGCAAUAUCGCAAGAAGUGGGACGCUAAAUCAGAAGAGUGCAUUCUGACCGGUUUCGAUGAGUUUACCAAAGGGUAUAGAUUGUACAACAUCAGAUCGAAGAAAGUAACAGUCAGUCGUGAAGUAAAUUUCAUUAAUGAAGGUGUUGCUGUUCCUAUCCAAGAAAAAUCAAGCAGAAGGCAAAUGAUUCUCCUUGAACAUGAAGAGACAGUUUCUCUUUCACCGAACGCUACAUCACAAAUGGAGGCAGUUUUGAGUGAAAAUGAGGACGAGGACAGCGACAGCGAAUACUUCACGGACGCGAACAAUGAAACUUCUGAAGAUACCGAUGGAACUAGUAACGAAUUUGACGAAACAGUGGUCGAUAAUGAUGCAGCUGUGAACAGCGAACCUCUCGUUAUAUCAACUCAAUCGCAAAUCCUAAGGCGAAGCAGUCGGACGCGUAAAGUCCCAGAGAAGUAUAAUGAUUCUAUAAUCCCACAUGGCUCUGGUCUUUUCAGCAAUGUUACCAGUUCAAAGAUCAUGAGCAGCAAUUCAAGCGAGGAUCCAAUCACACACCAGGAUGCAAUGUCGCGUAGCGAUUCAGAACGUUGGAAAGUAGCGAUGCAAGAAGAAUAUCAAGCGUUGAUUGACAACAGCACAUGGAGAUUGACAACUCUUCCAGAAGGUAGGAAAGCAAUCAAAUGUAAAUGGGUGUUUAAAACAAAACACGAUGCGGCUGGAAAAGUCAACCGCUACAAGGCGCGAUUGGUGAUAAAGGGAUAUUCUCAGCGAAAGGGGGUAGAUUAUAACGAAACAUAUUCACCCGUAGUUCGUCCUAGUUCCCUGAGAUAUUUAUUUGCACUAGCGGCCAGAGAUAAUUUUUUGGUGGAUCAGAUGGAUGCGAUAACUGCUUUUCUACAAGGAGAUUUGGAAUAGGAGAUAUACAUGGAGCAACCACCGUGUUUUGAGCAGCCUGGAAAGCAAAACAUGGUAUGUCGAUUGAACAAAGCGUUGUACGGACUAAAACAAUCAAGUCGUGUCUGGAAUACGAAGCUAGAUGCAGCACUGAAACAACUGGGUUUGGAGCAAUCGAAGUAUGAUCCAUGUUUAUAUUUCUAUAAUGGCAAUGGAAAUAUGCUGUUUGUAGCCAUUUAUGUGGACGAUUUAAUGAUUUUUAGUAAUAAUGAAGAAAUGAAAAAUCAACUGAAGACGAAAUUGAGCAUCAUGUUCCGGAUGAAGGAUUUGGGACCAGCUAAACAUUGUUUAGGGAUUCGUGUGAAUUAUUUAAAUGACGGAAUUGCACUUGACCAGGAAGCCUACAUAGAAACUAUCCUAUCCCGGUUCAAAAUGCAAGACUGCAAAGCUGUUGCUACUCCUAUGAACUAUUCCAUAAAGCUAACUAAGGAAAUGUCGCCACAGACAGAAGAAGAAAAGGAAGAGAUGUCAGCGGUGCCUUUUCAAGAGGCUGUAGGUUGCCUGAUGUACCUAGCUCAAUGCACCAGACCAGAUAUCCUGUUUGCAGUUAAUCAGCUGAACCGAUACAACAAUAAUCCUGGAUCGCGUCACUGGCAAGCUGUAAAACAUCUUAUGCGAUAUCUAAGAGGAACGGCAUCGAUGAAACUCAAAUAUUACAGAAAAGGUAACGAACAAAUAACUGGAUAUUCAGAUGCUGAUUGGGCCGCUGAUACAGAAGAUAGGAA